AUGUCCUCCAACGUCUCGUUCACCGUUCGUCCGCCACCACGGACGUUCGAAACUGAUACCCCUGAGCCAUCUCGUCCUGGCUCUGCAUCUCCGUCCGAUUCAGACGCGCUUCCACGUGCCAGGCCCAAGAAGAGGCAGUGGGAAUCAUAUACUGCCAAUGAUAGUAGCGACGAGGAUGAACAUGAUACCAAAGAGAUGAUCACCGGGUUCGACGCAAUGGGUGUACAGCGAUCAGACGGCAAAUCAUCCAAACCCGCUGGCCCACUCAUAAUUCCCGCUCAAAAAAACCGCGAUUGGCGCGCAGAGUCGAUGGCGCGCAAGCGACACCAGAUGUAUGUUCCCGAGGGAGCAAAAGUCGGUACAGGUGUCGAUGGGAGCCAAGGUGGUCUUGGUACCCGAGGGAAGAUUAACGACGGACCACAGUUGAGCGGGCUGAUCGUGACCAAGGUCAAGCAGGAGGAUGGCGAGGACAUCAAGAUGGAGGAAGUUGACGUGGAGGUCAAGGAAGAGCAGGAUGAGCCGGCCAAGGAAGAAGAACCGAUGGACGAAGACCAGAAGGCACUUCGAGCAUUGUUGAGAGGUGAACAAGGGAACGAAGUCAAGCGUGAGAUUGCCGCUAUUUCUGUCCAGGACCAGCCUGGAGGAUGGGCGCAACCCAAAACGGAAGCGGACGCGUUCAAGGAGGAUUUGGCGACGAGGCCGGACGAGGCAAGUCUAGACGACUACGACCGUGUUCCCAUCGAGCUCUUUGGGGAAGCGAUGCUCCGUGCACGCCCCGCCUUGCUCGGUAUCGGUGCCAAACCCCGGCCAGUUGACGAAGUCGACCAAGGAAAAGGCAAAAAAUUCGCCAGGCCGGAUAAGCGAUAUGUACCUAUUUUAAAGGUAGAGAGGAACGGGAGCGGGCAGAGCUCGAGAAGGACGAGCAGGAGUCGAAGUAAAUCCCCUCAAAGGGACCGGGAGUCAGACCGAAAGGACAGGGAUCGACGCGAUCGGGAUUAUGAUCGUCGAGACCGAGACCGGGAUCGUGAUUAUGACCGAGACAAGCGUCGGGACCGAGACUAUGAUCGUGACAAGAGGCGAGACUAUGACAGUGACCGCGAUCGCGACCGAGAAAAGAGGCGGGAUCGUGACGACGACAAGGAGAGGAGGCGGGAUUACGAUGAUAGGGACAGGCGGAGGGAUGAUGAUAGGGACCGAAGACGGGAUAGGGAUAGGGAUGAUAGGCGGGAUAGGGACAGGGACAGGAGGCGCUGA